CAAACCUCGGCUGCUUUCGUAGCGGACAUCAGGGUGCCCGACGCACUACGAAUCCCGUUGGGCCCUGUAAUACAGAACGUUUGCGGGCAAUUGGCCACCCUGCAGCCCCUGUAACUCAUGCGCUGUAAGGUUUGGAGCAAAAGCUCCACAGCCCGCGUCAUCGAUGAUGCGACGAUAAUUCCAGGAAACCUAAUGUUUAUUAUAAGAAAGACAAGGCCUCGCCUCAUUUUUGUCAUGAAAUUAUCCGAUUCUAUCUCCUCUAUCAGUACCUUAUACGAACAGCCUCAACUUUGAUUAUUUUUUUGCUAUACUUUACAAUUACUACUCCCACGCCAUGUAUAUCCAAAAACUUACCGCCGCCGGCCUUGCUCUCGCAAGCAUCGCAUCAUCUGGCGAUACCGUCUCCAAAGGCCACGUACUUGACUUCGCAGUAGAAAAGUGCAUCGACAGCGACGGAAACAUUCGCUGCACCAAGCCCUUCCCCGUCAAGGAAGGUUCAUGCUACCGGUUCGAGUGGUCGACGAACGGGGCGCUUGCCCACACGACAGUCGAGGUUAAAGACGCCGGGAGUGGCGAGAUUGUGUACUACCGCGAUACCAACGGCGAGUGGAAGCCUAAGAAGAACGAGAUUGUGUAUCUUGAUUUCAAGCCCAAGAUUUGGGGGCAGGGCAACGAGACUGUGGAAUAUGAGGUCAAGAAGUGCGAUAAGGAUGAUGAGCUGUAAUCGAGUCAUCUUGGACGAUUGAAAUAUCUUUUAAUAAUAAUAAUCUGCUGUAUCAGCAUUGAAUCUCGAAUACGCACAUUACUAGCCCGUUUAUGCGCAGAUGAAGCCGCGCCCAGUGAUGAACGUGAUGCUGCCUGUACAUAUUGUGGUAUAUCAAAGAUCUAUCCAAAGAGGCUCAAUACACACACCACAUCAUACCUAAUAAAACA